GUCAAAUGAUGAUCCUGAAUGCCUCUGAAGUGGAGUGGGAGGAGUUCUCCGGUGCGUCCCCUCUCCAUUUUCUGGACCAAUCAGUUCCACCAUUGACCCCUGAAGCCCCUCCUCUCAGCGUUUGGGGCGUGGCCUUGUGUGUUUCUGGAACUGUCAUUGCUGCUGAGAAUGCCGUGGUCGUGACAAUCAUCUUAGCCAAUCCCUCUCUACGAGCUCCUGUCUUCCUGCUGCUUGCCAGUCUCGGAUUGGCUGAUCUCCUGGCAGGUGUGGCCUUAAUCCUACACUUCCUCUUCCUCUUCUGCGUGGAGCCUAGUGAUUGGUCAGAAUUGCUGAUCUCAGGACUGCUGGUGACAUCAUUGACCGCCUCCCUGUGCAGUCUGAUGGGCGUGGCUCUAGACCGAUACCUGUCUCUAAGCUACGCCCUCACCUAUGGCUCUGGCCAAUCACGGCGCUGUGCUGCUCUCUUGCUAGGUCUAGUUUGGGUGGGGGCAUGUAUCAUAGGGGCGGGGCCAGCCCUAGGGUGGCAUUGCCUCGAUGACGUCACUUCCUGCUCCAUUGCUCGACCCCUAACCCGGACAUACUUAUCUCUGCUGUGUGGAGGUUUCCUGGUGGUCGUCGUGAUAACCUUACAGCUAUACGCCGGGAUCUGCCGCGUCGCUAGGAGACACGCCCACGCCAUCGCCACCCAGCGUCACUUCCUGCCCCAGCACCAACCAUACGCAAGCAAACACAGCGGUGGGCGGGGCUUCUCCAGGCUAGCUGUGAUUCUGGGUGUGUUCGUCGGGUGUUGGAUGCCCUUUUCCCUCUACGGGUUGCUAGGAGACGCGUCCAGCCCCCCGCUCUACACCUAUGCCACCCUGGUGCCGGCAGCUGGAAGCUCCCUGCUGAACCCUCUGCUGUACAGUCUGAGGAACAGAGACAUUCGCAAGGUGCUGGUCCACUCCUGCUGCCCUCACAGACACUCAGAGCAGGCUCAUCAGCCCACGGACGUGUAAGGAGCUGGGCAGCCCUUUCCACAAAGCACCAGGACUGUACCACCAGACAUUGUAGUAUGCACAACCAUAGACACGAUCACACACACACAUCACUCGCACAUGUCCAUCAGAUGGAAUCUCAUCUGAGCUUCAAAAGCAAUCAGAACGUUUUGAUCUGUUCUGCCGGCCGGCGGACAUCUUGAAACGGUUGACCGUCAUCACAGGGGUCCAAUAUACUGUUUCAUCAACUCGUGCCUCAUUCUCAAUCAACUGGAACUCAGACAUAGAGAUCCUAUAUAUCAACAUCCAAAUAUCUCUGGAUUAAAUUAACUGCACUUUAUAGUGAUGAUAUUGGAGGGAGGUUAUGCAGAGGAGCUCAAACACUGAUACUGUAAUGUUUUCUUGUGUCGUUACUGUGUCAGAGCCAAAUGCCAAUUGAAAAUACUUGAAUUCUUCUAAAAACAGUGUUUGUUUAUUCGCAUCGAAAGGCACUUUGAUUGUGAGUUCUUGUUGCACAAUGUUGUUGUUUUUUUAUUUAUAAACAAAUUCAUGUUUUGUAAUGAAAAUUAAAAAAAUAUAUUUUGUAUGGAAAGUGAAGUAAGUUGUUCCAUUUGUCCUCACAGCACACACAAACACAAGCAACUUCAUUGUGUUUGAUCUUUAUUGUACAAUUGAUCAUUUAGAAAGGACACAGAAGAGGUACAUCAUUGGAUAAGCACACACUUUGAACAGCUGAUACAACCAAGGCAAACUUUGGCUUUAAAAUAAAAGGAUAAGAAUAAUUAAUCCUUAAGACAGUUUGUUUGGCCCCCCAAUGACUAUGUUUGCUAUUUGGUAAAGGUUAGCUGAUCUCAGACCUGUGAUUUGGUAAAGGUUAGCUGAUCUUAGACCUGUGAUUUGGUAAAGGUUAGCUGAUCUCAGACCUGUGAUUUGGUAAAGGUUAGCUGAUCUCAGACCUGUGAUUUGGUAAAGGUUAGUUGAUCUCAGCCCUGUGAUUUGGUAAAGGUUAGCUGAUCUCAGAUCUGUGAUUUAAGGCAACUUUGGCCCAAAGCUAUGUAAGAAACAAAAGGCACUUAAGAAGGGGAGGGGCUUUGGCAUCACAGGGACCAGCUCAUUGGCUAGUUCGUAUAAUGGCUGCCAGGGGAUGUAGACGGUUCUGAACGACUGGCCAUUCUGAACGUAGCCCCGCUGUGGAAUGAGUCCCUCAGUGACUAAGGCAACAGUUCCCAUGACAACCAUUUUUUUUUUUUUUUUUUAAGGAAGGAAAGAGGAAAAUGAAAGUGUAAGCUCUUGGUCUUAAACAGAUUGCAGUAUGCAGGAUUAAA